AUGGAACUUUCCGAUGUGAAUUUCGAAAUCCUACAUGAUCUGGUAUUUGAUGAAGAAGAUGACAUGGAUGGGUUUGUAAAUGAUGAAGAAAAUGAUACCAUGCUCUCAAAACAGCCUUUACAAACUAAUGAAACCCUCCUCGAUGUACCCGUGUCUGCUUCCCAGUUUAUGCCUGUCCCCCCACCCGUACCCCCACCAAUGCCUGUCCCCGAAACAACAAUCCCAAUACAACAAACUUCGGAAUCUACUGGAAUAUCUUCCGAGAGAACAUUCACGUCUGGAAUCUCAGAUUUAAGGGAUUAUAUAAUGAGUAAGAGAAACCCCAACACUGUUCGGAAAACUGGUUGUAUCAGGAAAUUUGUUGACUGGAUAGCACAACCACCCCGCUCUGACGUAAGGCCAUUGUGCGAUAUUUUGCCAUUUGAAAUGGACACUUAUAUAGGAGGGUUUCUUUUAUUUGCCCAGAAGGAUGACGGAUCCCAUUAUGAACCCGACACUUUGACAAGCUUCCAUCGCGGAAUUGACCGUCAUUUACGCGAAAUAAACUAUGCAUACAACAUCAUGACGUCAGAGUUUUUCAGCACGAGCCGCCAGGUGUUGCAGUCGCGAAGGAAAGAACUUAAACAACGGGGGUUAGGCAACAAACCAAAUAGGGCCGAGCCGGUCAGUGAAAAUGAGGAAAACGCGUUGUGGGAAAGUGGGCAGUUAGGGUUGGACAAUCCAAAGUCUCUUCUUAAUAUCAUUUGGUACCACAACACGAAAUUGUUGGGGUUCAGGGGGUGUGACGAAAACAGGCAAUUAAAAUGGGGAGAUCUUGAACUGAAAACAGAUGAAAACGGCCAAGAAUAUUUGGAAUUCAAUGAAAGAUCGACUAAAACCCGUGGAGGAAAUUCUACUCACCAAAGAUCGUUUAAUCCAAAACUUUUUGCAAAUCCACAGAAUUUAUCCAGGUGUCCAAUCGAAUCUUAUAAACUUUACGCAAAACACAGACCAGUUGAAAUGAACACUGGCGAAUCCCCUUUCUAUCUUGCUGUUAACCACAACGAGAACGGUAAAAAGUGGUUCAAAAAUCAGCCAGUUGGGAAAAAUAAACUUUCCGUAAUGAUGAAAACAAUGGCUAAUAAUGCUUGUCUUGUUGGAAAAAAGACCAACCAAUCUCUCCGAAAAACUCUGCACAAAACUUUUACAUUCUGGCGUUGCACCGACGACGAUUAUGCAGUUGAGUGGCCAUACAAUUGUAAACAGUGUGAACAAUUACGCAGUUGCGUCUAUGGAUCAGCAGCGUGA